GUUGAUAUAGCUGGACGUGUCGUACUGUGCCGAGCCAUAUUGGAGUACAACCCUGGGACCGCAAGAUACUAUAUAUAGUUUAAAGUGUAUCUCAAUACAACUUGCAAAGCAUUGGUUGUCAUGGAAGGCGAUAAAAUGCAAGAAGCUGCAGUUUUUGUUGAGAAGUGUUAUGCACCGGGACUGAGUUCUGACGAGCUAAAGAAUGUCUACAACGAAUACAGUACAAGGUAUGAUAAGUUAAUGGAUAAACUAUACAGUGGACCGGGCCAGAUUGCCGAAUGUAUGUCAAAGGUUGUCACAGACAAAACAUCAAGAAUUCUUGACUGUGGCGCUGGUACAGGACUUGUAGGAGAAGAGUUACAUCGCCAUGGUUACAACAAUGUGGACGGUAUAGACAUAUCUGAAGGAAGCCUAAAGGUAGCACGUGAUAAAGGCGUCUAUAAUAAACUGAUUUGUUCUGGAUUAUCCGCUGAACCGAUUGAUGGCGUUCAGAAAGAUUCAUACGACGCGGCAGUCAGUAGUGGGUGCUUCAUAGAAACUCAUCUUGACGACCGAAUUUUCACUGAGUUGACUAGGAUUAUUAAACCAGGUGGAUUUAUAUGCGUGUUGGUGCAUGAAAAAAACCUGGACACUGUGGAGGGGGACACCUUUAAAUAUUUAAUCGAGAAGAAAGCUCUGGAAGUUAUUGACAAAUACUAUGUGAAGAAUUAUGUUUAUGGGAAUAUAGGUGCAUACUUCUACGCCAUGAAGGUUCUUUGUUGA